AUGGACAUGACCGAACCGCGGCGCGGGGCUUCAGAGGACCCCAUCGACUCCAAUGACCACAGCGACCACAGCCCCGCGUCCUUCCACGAAGCUAAACAGGAACUCCCAGAUGACUUACCCAAAUCACUGGACGAUCGUCGCUCCGUUCCGGUCUUCCAGCCGGAGACUGAGAUGUACGAUGCUUGGCAAGGUCAAUCACAAUACCUGACCGCGCCAGUCGCCGCAAAACCCUUAUCCUUCAGCCUAGCCCUCGACGAUCAUUCACACGACAAUGAGCACGAACUGCGGGCCCACUAUGGGCGCGAUAUUGAAGAUAGUGACACACGCCUGAUGGAGAUGCUUGCUGCCCAAGCUGCCCAUCGGGAGGUGGACUCGCUUACCGCAGACGAAGAGACAAUCGCCGCCGACGAGAAAUUGACCGAUGACGAGAAGCGUGACAUACUACAGAAGAGCUUGAACAUGGCAGCCAGUAAUGGUGAUGUGGAGCGCGUGCGGAAACUAGUACAGGGCCAAGCGAGGACCUACGUCGAUGUCAAUAAGCCCGACGAGGAGGGGACUGUGCCGUUGAUCUACGCUAGUUGUUUUGGUCAUCAAGAAGUCGUUUCUGCGCUCAUUGUCGCCGGUGCCCUCGUCGACAGGCAGGAUCGUAACCAGUGGAGCGCUUUGAUGUGGGCCAUGACCAACAGACACAAAACUAUAGCGAAGAUUCUUCUUGAUAACGGUGCAUCACCGGAUAUCAAGUCCUCAUCCGGUGGUAGGGCUUUUGAUUUCGCCCAGCCCGGUAGUGAGAUUUCUGAAUAUUUGCAUGAAAAUGGUUACAGCUUUGGCUCUGGCAAUAUCGAUGACGACUUCUAUGACGCUGGAUUGGCGCAUGGUCGCUUUGAAGAAGAGCUAGCGGAGAGCGAGAUGAAGCGCCGAAUGAUGAUGGAAGAGAGCGCAAUCAACCUGGAGGUUGAUUUGUCUAGUCUAGGGCUUGACGAGAAAUUCGAGCCGUCCGAUGAAGAUGAGCUCGAGGAAGAUCAGCAGGAAUUUGUCUGGGACAAGUGUCUGAAUGAUCAGAUGUUUGUCUUCCAGGAUCAUGAGCUAGAGCGCAUUUUGGAUAUCAUCAUCACCAACAUGACUCCCCAGCGCUCUCCUUCCCAAAAGCCAGUGCCUGCAAAUCUUCUAUUCCUCAGCGCCCGUUACGCGCACUAUCAUGCCAGCCCCGAGCUGCUCACAACCCUGCUAUCAUCUGCAAUGGAGAAGAUUAAUGACGUUGUAGAACGUUACCAGUGGGAUAUGACAAUGCAAGCCUUUUGGCUGUCAAAUGCCACGCUCCUGCUUCAUUACCUGAAGAAGGAUGGGGGCUUAGUGGAAUCGACCGUCGAGUUCCAGCUCCAUCUAGCGGAACUGAUCAACGAGAUAUUCGUUCUCGUUAUUCGUGAUGCUGAGCGCCGAAUGAACAAAGUCCUGGAUGCGGCAAUGCUGGACCAUGAAACCAUCCCUGGACUGGAAGAUAUUGCCUUCCAAAACGAGUGGAAGUUGUUCCGCAAAAAUAAAAGCAAAAACCCCGAGCCUGACGAAAAGCGAUUCCGGCCUCCAUCGCCGCGGCGACGAGCACAAAUCUCGCCUCGGAACAUCACCUCUUUACUAUCAUCGACCCUCUUUGUACUUGAUCUCUACGAUGUUCACUCGGUGAUAACGACCCAGAUCCUCUCCCAACUUCUCUACUGGCUCAGUGCCGAGAUAUUUAACCGAAUCAUGAGCACAAAACGUUACUUGGCGCGCACAAAAGCGAUGCAGAUCCGCAUGAACGUUUCAUCAUUAGAGGAUUGGGCACGCACGAACAACCGUGUGCCAGAACAUUACGAAAACGGAUCUACAAACACCACCGGAGAUUCUACAAUUGAUGCCGCUCGUCGACAUUUAGCCCCAGUCAUUCAACUCCUCCAAUGGCUGCAAUGCUUCUCGUCGCUUGGUGAUGACCACGAAUCUCUCGUAACAACCCUGCUCCAACUCCAACAACUCACCCCCGCCCAGCUCCUACAUGCAGUCAAGUCAUACCGCCCAGAAGUAGGCGAGAAAGGCCUGACCAAGCAAGCAAUGAAAUUCCUUCUCGACAUGCAAAAUGACCCGGAAGUUCUAUACCGCGAGCAACUGGAAAUUCAAGAAGAGAAGGCAAAGGUAGAAGCUGGACUAGGGCCGCAAGCAGCAGCAGAUACCCGUCCAAAGACACCAUCAAAGGACCAGCCCUCUGCAGCACCCACGUCCCCUGACGCUGGACUAUCCCCCGGCUCCGCUGGUGCAUCAUCCCGACGUACAAGCAUGGUCGCCGCCAAAAACGACGAGCGCCCCGGUAGCGGCAAUAGUGUCUUCGUCGACCCCACCCUCUUCCUCCCCUUUUCCCUUCCAACCAGUACAGAUAUGCUGGUCAGCUACGGCGCCGGCUUUGGUGGUACGAACCGCGAACGCGCCCGCAAGUACAUUCCCACAGUCCCGCCCGAAGUCCUGAGUCGAUUUGAUCGCGGCGAUGUAUAA